ACAUGUGCUGACCCUGGAAGCACAGGAGCAGAACUGUGUUGUAGGUAGGCUGGGUCUGCCCCUGAGGCUAGUGCUGGCCCCCGGAACAUCAUGAAGUUCUCUGCUCAAAGGGUCCUCGUUCACAAUUAAUGUGUUGGAGAAAAAUAGCACUGCAGUGCUUACGUCCCUGUUUUCAACUCAGACUGCAGUCUUUGCACACCAAUUUUAAUUUAAAAGAUCAAAACCAUGGCACUGGAGAUAUCCGUUGUAACAGCAGCAGCGGUAAGUCGCAGUCCGUGCUGACAAUAAGUACCGUAUCGAUCCACUCGGAUGGAACCCUGGGAGUGAAAUGCUGCCCAAAAGCCAGCUUCUUCCAUUUUCUCAUUCUUCCUGAAAUUUCUUUCAGCGGUGGUCACAGUGCCAUCUCUCUCAGUCAUUACUUUUCACAAUUGAAAGCCCUUUUCCCCUUCUCAUGAGAUCUUUUGCACCGUGAAACAGGUCUUAGGUUUACUGUCAAGUAAACCUCAAGUUCCCCGGUGCAUCUUUUUCUGUUUCAGAGAGCUGAAAAGUGAUCUUCCUUUAGUGAUCUUCCACAAUUGUUAAAGCAUUGUCGGAAUACACAGACCGCGAUAGAAAGCACAAGUGCCACGACAGUUUGCAGCUGAGGGCGACAAGGCGCUGUAUAUCCAUCACCUGUGCCCGGGUGUUAGCAAAUGAAGCAGCCGUUAAGGUCACGGGGCUGCGCCCGGGUGCUGGAAAGAUCGGCACAGCGCGGGGAAUUGGGAAGCGCUGAGGGCAGAGCGAGCCUCGCUGGCGCCUCGCGCAGGUGACGGCCGUUAGCGGGGGGCAGAGCGCGUGCACAUGGGCGCGAGGAGCGCAGCUGGGCGGCAGCCGCGCCCACGGCCCUCCUCCUAACGGCCGCCCGCACCUGGCCCUGCGCUGAGGGAACCUUCUAGAGCGCCCCGGUGCUUCCGCGGGGCAGCUCGUGAGGAGAGAUCUCUCCCUCUUUUGCUCCCGAAAGGUUUGCGCUUGCGGGGGAAAAAGGAGGAGGAUAUCGGAGAUACCCUUUCAUCUGAAGCUCCAGAAGGAACUUUUUGACCCGCAGGAGAGAAAAGAGUUGCGCAGCGUGGAAUUGUGGCCGGAUUUUUGGAGCUAUAUGGAGGGACCUCAGGAUGGUGUGCACCAGGAAAACCAAAACUUUAGUGUCCACUUGCGUGAUUUUGAGUGGAAUGACUAACAUCGUCUGCCUGCUGUACGUGGGCUGGGUCACCAACUACAUUGCCAGCGUUUAUGUGAAAGUGCAAGAGCCGAUCUCAGAAAAAAAGUUAGAGGAAGGCAAAGAGGACACUUUAAGGAUUAUAGAAAGACUGGACCAUUUGGAAAAUGUCAUCAAACAGCACAUACAAGAAGCUCCACCAAAACUGGAAGACAAUCCCGCUGAGGCAUUCACUGACUCGUCUCUCUUUGCUCACUGGGGCCAGGAUCUCAGUCCUGAAAACAGGCGUAUUGCACUUAAACAGUUCCAGUAUUACGGCUACAAUGCGUACCUGAGUGAUCGCCUCCCACUGGACAGGCGCCUGCCUGACCUUAGGCCUAAUGGGUGCAGAAACCUUACAUUUCCUGACAGACUUCCUGAGGUCAGCAUUGUAUUCAUAUUUGUUAAUGAAGCUCUCUCAGUGAUUCUACGCUCUAUUCAUUCCGCUAUUGACCGGACUCCUGCUCAUCUGCUCAAAGAGAUUAUUUUAGUUGAUGAUAAUAGUAAUAACGAAGAACUCAAGGAGAAACUAAGGAAGUAUGUUGAUGAAGUGAAUGCCCGGAAGCCUGGUUUCAUCAAGAUUGUCCGACAUAGCAAACAAGAAGGGCUGAUUAGGUCUCGAGUUAGUGGAUGGAGAGUAGCCACAGCACCGGUAGUUGCUCUCUUUGAUGCCCAUGUGGAAUUCAAUGUGGGAUGGGCUGAACCAGUGCUCACUAGGAUAAAGGAAAACAGAAAAAGGGUCAUUUCUCCAUCAUUUGAUAACAUUAAGUACGAUAAUUUUGAAAUAGAAGAAUAUCCCCUCUCAGCACAAGGGUUUGACUGGGAGCUAUGGUGCCGUUACUUGAACCCUCCUAAGUCAUGGUGGAAACUGGAGAACACAACUGCUCCAAUAAGAAGUCCUGCAUUAAUUGGGUGCUUCAUAGUAGACCGAGAAUAUUUCCAAGAGAUUGGCUUACUAGAUGAAGGCAUGGAAGUAUAUGGAGGAGAAAAUGUGGAACUUGGGAUCAGGGUGUGGCAGUGUGGAGGAAGUGUUGAGGUUCUACCUUGCUCCAGGAUUGCUCACAUUGAAAGAGCACAUAAACCAUACACAGAAGAUCUAACUGCUCAUGUUCGGAGAAACGCACUAAGGGUGGCUGAAGUCUGGAUGGAUGAAUUUAAAAGCCAUGUUUAUAUGGCAUGGAACAUACCGCAAGAGGACUCUGGAAUUGAUAUUGGUGAUAUUUCUGAGAGGAAGGCCCUGAGGAAGAAGCUCCAGUGCAAGACCUUCAGGUGGUAUCUUGUCAGUGUGUAUCCAGAAAUGAGAAUGUAUUCAGAUACUGUCGCCUAUGGGGUGCUGCAGAAUUCUUUGAAAAAUGAUUUGUGCCUUGAUCAAGGGCCAGACACGGAGAAUAUCCCAAUCAUGUAUAUCUGCCAUGGAAUGACACCACAGAAUGUUUAUUACACAAGCAAUCAGCAGCUCCACGUGGGUGUUCUGAGUCCCACUAUCGACGAUGAUGACAACAGAUGCCUGGUGGAUGUGAACAGCAGGCCCAGGCUCAUUGAAUGCAAUUAUGCCAAAGCCAAGAGAAUGAAGCUUUACUGGCAGUUUACUCAGGGAGGUCCAAUCCAGAACCGAAAAUCCAAGCGUUGCCUGGAACUGCAGGAAAACAAUGAAAAUGAAUUUGGAUUUCAACUCGUCCUACAGAAGUGCACUGGACAACGCUGGUCUAUAACAAAUGUCUUGAAAAGCUUGUCGUCAUAGCAGACUACAUUUUUUUACCCAUUCCUUUUGCUACUGUGUAGCAAAUACUGAAUUGUUGCCUGCUGUACUGUGUUUCUUCCCUCCCUGUUCCUUCUCUCCUUUCUGUCCCUUUGAUUUUAUUCUCUGAGUGUGUGGAAAUUGGGUUUGUGGGCUGAAAAUAGGCAUUUUAUUUUACAAUUAUGUUUUCAUUGCAUUUAUAGAGAUGUUGAAUGAUAGGUGAUGGGAAGGCUAUCCUAAAAUAUUUUACAUCUGUAAAUAGAAAACAAAUGGAGAAUAUUUAUAACUCAAGCUUUUAUUGAAUAAAAAAACCCAAAUACUAUUUA